AUGCAGGACGCUUUAAGGUCUGUACUCUGGAUGCCAAUACAAUUAAAGUCGCGACCUUUACUCCGGUACACCAGAACACUUGUGUUGCCUAGCAACAAAUGCUGGCAUCAUUUGAUCCUCAACCCUAACCUUGUUCAUCAUAUUGGGAUGCGGUGCCUUUUUUUUUCUUCUCAACAUCAUCAAGCGCCAGUAUACGAGUGGGAUUCUGUGUCCCCUGAUUUUAUCCGCGACCUUUUGUCUGCCAUUGGCCAUGUCUGCAACGAUCUAACCUGGUCCCGUCAAUGGCCGAAAUAG